CAUCGCUCUAGCUUGUGAUUGGACGCUGGCGAGCGGGGGCCGGCUCAGCAGCCAAUCCCGCCCUUCGGUGGCCCACCGAAACGCCUCCCGCAUAUCGUACCCUUUAAAUGACGUCACACCCAGUGAACGCGAUACGCACCAAAUUUCUGGACAGUGGUCGGUCAUUGCGGUAAGAAGUAGUAACAAGAAGAGAAGACUGACGCCGUUUCUGGUUAAGCAGACUUUGCUGCCGUCUCCAGCUGACCGGAAUAGUGGUUACUCAAAGCAAUCGUUUGACCUACAGCCAAACAUGGAGAACCCGCCUCCAUACCCAGGCAAUGGCCCGACUGCUCCUGGUUACCCAGCCCAGGGCCCACCACCUCAAGGCUACCCAGGGUAUCCUCAGCAGGGAUACCCUGUGAACAUGGAGCAACCUAACCCAGCUUACCCGAACUACCCUCCCGGACCAAUGGGACCUGGCGGUCCUUAUCCUGGACCAGGACAACCUCCUUAUGGGUAUGCUGGACAGCCUCAGUUUGGCUGGCAGGGUGGACCUCCUCCCGGGCCCAUGUAUGGGGAAGCUCCCAAAAACACAGUGUACGUGGUUGAAGACAGGAGAAGGGAUGACACAGCGGACACAUGCCUGACAGCCUGCUGGACAGCUCUGUGCUGCUGCUGUCUCUGGGACAUGCUGACAUAACGCCAUUCUCCUACUGAUUGACCCCCAUUACCCUCUUGCCCCUAUUUCUGUGCCUCGAAGCCCAUCGCCCUUUCUCCCAUCUGACUUAAACCUUGCACUUCCUCACAAACGCCCCUCUGUUCCCUCCAGAAGUCUUGUAUGUCUGUAAAGCUAUAAAUUACUUCUAUAAAUGAAGUCCUCGCUCCCACAUGGAAGCUUCAUCCCAGUGCUCUACCUUCAUGUGCAACCCUCCACCUUCAUGUGCAACCCUCCACACUGACUGACUGACCUGUCCACGGUUACACAGUUGCUGUCCACGGUUACACAGUAGCAGUUUCUAACAGAGCUUGUAAACAUUACCAAAAUCUCAGGCUCCUUACUAAAAUUGUGCAACAACACACAAGCUACAGAUUUGCACACACAAUAUGGUAGAUGCCAAACAUACAGCAUACUAUGAUCUCAGGCUCAUCCUGCGUGAUUCACUUGGGCACUUUAUAAUGAUUGCCUCUGUAAUAUACUCCUUCCUGUCUUCGUAACCACAUAAAAGCUUUCCUUACUCCUCCCCUUCAGCUAUGCUAUCUGCAAAACUUCAAGGACUCUUACCCAGUAUGAUGAUACCCAAAGGCUGUGAGAACCCCGCUGCAGACAGGGCUGAUGCUUGAAAUGUUUCCCAUCUCAUUUGCACACAAGUCAUUUUAACAAAUGUACGUUUGUCCAUAGGCGGUAAGACAAUAAAUGGAAUGCUCUUA